AUGUUACAUCUCGCGAUCAUCUUGGCGGCCAUCGCGGCCCUCACCGGCGCGGCCACCGCCGCGCUGUGCACCCCGGCCGAGACCUACUGUGGCUCCAACCUCAUCAAAGCCGACAUGAGAAACCGCGCGGCCGUCGAGGACGCCCUGACCUCGGGCAGACAGCCCAUUGACGAGGCGCACAUCAACCAGUCCGUCUUUUGGUGUGCCCCGGCCGGCGUCCCGGUUCCGGGCAAAUCCGGACUGCUCUUUGUGACAUACUGCGGCCCUGUCAACGUCUGCGUUGAGGGCGGUGCACUGGGCGGUGUCGGCGAUGCGUGCGCGCCCCCGAAGGGCAGUGGAUGA